AAACCUAUGUGAGACGGGCGGGACAGAGCUCUUGCGGUCCCGACCACGAUCAGACUGGAUACCAGACUACACUGCGAAGAGAUAAAAGACCUACCCACAGGGCAAAUACCUCACAACUAGCUGGUGUCGCGGAUUAAUCGUUUGGGGCUCCAGAAUAAGCGAAGCAAAAAUCAAAAUGUCCAGCUACAAGCUGACGUACUUCAACGGCCGUGGUCGUGCAGAGACCACCAGACUUCUGUUCGCAGCCGGCGGGAUAAAGUACGAGGACGUCCGUAUCGAAGGUGCACAGUGGCCGGCACUGAAGCCAAACACUCCGUUUGGGCAUUUGCCUAUCCUGGAGGUGGACGGAGUCACCCUUAGUGAGAGCGCCACCAUCGCUCGCUUCGUGGCGAAAAGGGCCGGUUUGGCGGGAGAAGGCGAUGUACAACAGGCGAGGGCAGACAUGGUUGUGGACGCCGUUAGGGACGUCUUUGGCAAGGUGGCGGCGGCGUUCUUCGAGAAAGACGAAACCAAGAAGGGAGAACUGAUAAAGGAACUCGCUGAGAACACUCUGCCGACAUUUCUGAAUAAUGUGGAAAAAUUGGCAAACCCCAGUGGCUACUUUGUCGGAGACUCGCUGACCUGGUCUGAUAUUGAGUUUUACUACGUACUGGAGGCUGCGGGUGGGAUGUGUCCAGGCGACCAUCUCAAGGACAAGCCCAACCUGACCAAGGUCGUCACCAACGUCAAGACCAAUCCGGGCAUCGCAAAAUGGCUGGAAGAGAGGCCUCAGACCACAUUUUGAAACCUUAGUGUCCUCGACAAAAAUAGUGCUUUCGCGCUAUGACUAUAGUCUCUGCUAGAAUAGAUGUUGCUGGUUACGUGAUUUCUAGAAAUGUACUAAAAGGCCCCCGUUUGGGAUGCUGACAAAACAUUUGUAGGGUAUAAAUUCAGCCAUAUUAGUCCUGUUCUUUCUCUUCGCUCAGGAAUAUUUAUCGGUUAUCUAGACACUACCAGUAUACAAUGCAAUGCAUGUCAUAAUCACUAGCUACUAAAGUCAACUACUUAAAACUUUCGCUACAACUUUACCUGCAGCAAACUGGCAAACUGGCAAGGGAGAAUUGUCUUGUAUGGUAUUUAUGCCCCCUAUUGCUUAUGAAUUCUCUGUAGGGUAAAGCAUAAUAAAAAGAAUA